AAACAGAAGAAAGGAGAUCAUCUACAUCCUUCUAAAGGUAUUCUUGUUGAGAAUGAUAUGUCUGAAAGUGACAAUAGUGGCAGAGACAGUCACUAUGAAAAUAGUGAUAAUGCUGGGAAGUUGAGGGAUUCAUCUACUGAGUUUGAAGAAGAAAAUUUGUUUUUUGUUUCAUCUGAUACAGUGAGACAAAGGAAAGCUUCUAAUGUGUACUUUAAUCCUUCUUGGGAAGUACCAUUCUUUGAAGUUGGUAUGAGAUUUCAAAAUGCAGCACAAUUCAAGGAAGCAGUGAGAAAGUAUUAUGUGAGGAAAGGUUGUCCUUUACUCCAUAUAAGGAACGAGCCAAAGAGACAAAUGUUUAUUUGCAAAUCUGAAAACAAGAUGAUGACAGCUGUGAUGGUUGCUGAGUACUUCAAAUCAAGAAUUUAUGCUACACCUUUCUUGAAAUGCAAAGAUAUGAUGAUAUUUGCAUACAACGAGUUGAGGGUUAGUAUAAAUUAUAAGAAAAGUGUUAGGGCCAAGAAAAUGGUAUUGAAGGAGAUGGAGGGGAGUUUUAAGGAUAAGUAUGCCAUGAUUCAUGCAUUUGGUGGGUAUUUAAAAGAGGUUAAUCUUGGAAACUCAGUUUUCAUUAAAACUGAAGAAAAUGAUGCUGGUGAGAAAGUGUUCAUGAGAAUGUAUAUUUGUUUGAAAGUCAUCAAAGAUGGUUGGAAUAAUGGUUGUAGAGGAAUCUUUAGAGUUUAUGGUUGUCUUCUUAAGGGAAUUUGUAAGGGUGUACUACUGUCUGCUAUUAGUUGUGAUGGAAAUAACCAAAUGUACCCAAUUGCAUGUGCUGUAGUCGAAUAUGAGAACAAUGAUUCAUGGACAUGGUUCAUGCAGAGGCUUGCAUCUGAUUUGGAGCUUGGAACUGGGCAUGGUUAUAUAAUGAUAUCCGACAGGCAUCCAAUAGUUGCAAAGGCAUCAUACCAAAUUGAAUUUUUGGAGAAAAUGGAGGAGUUGAGAGGAGUAUCCGAGGAAGCUUAUGCUGAGAUGAUGGAUCUGCCAGGAAGGUUUUGGUGCAAGGCAUUCUUCGAUGAAGACUAUAAGUGUGAUGUUGUUGAUAACAACAUGUGUGAUGUUGUUGAUAACAACAUGUGUGAAACAUUCAAUUCAUGGAUUUUGGCUGCUAGAGAAUGGAAUUUAACUAAAAUCCCCUGCCCUUAUGUCUUGGCAGUUGUUAGGUACAUAAAUUGGAAUUAUGAAUAUUUUGUUCAUGAGCACUAUAAGAAGGAAAAGUACUUGCAAGCUUAUGCGACUACAUUGGAGUGCCUUAAAGGCAAUGAGGUCUUGAAGAUAAGACCAGAAGGAGGUUGUUUACCACCAGUGUUGAGAACAGCACCAAGACGACCAAGGAAGAAUAGAAGAAAAGAUAAGCAUAAGCCUAAGAAAGUCAAGGUGGGGAAAUUCAGCAGGUUGUCCAAGCAUGGGUCUAUGAUGAGUUGUAGCUUGUGCGGUCAACAGGGACACAAUACAACUAGAUGUCCCAGAAAGGAGGAGUUAGUAGGGACCAGUCAAAGCAAUGUUGAUAAAAACCAUCAAAAGAAAAAGGCCAACCAAAAACCCAAGGUGACUACAGGAAAAGGAAAAGGGAAGAAGGUUAGAGGAGUAAUCAUCAAUGAAAGCAAAAAUGACUCAAGAAAGAAGACAAAGCAAUCAUCUGUAAAGGGAAAAGAGAAAGCAUGACUCAAUGUCAUUUUAUAUUUUCUGUUUUGGGGAUGUACUUUGAACUUUUGUAUGUAUAUGUUGGUGGUUUGUAAUCACAUUUGACAGUUGGUUAUUAUGCCUUGUUUUGGGGAUGUACAUGUGGUUAUAAUGCCUUGCUUUAUUACGUCUUGUCUUGCUUUAUUUCAAUGGCAUUAUAUUCAAUCGAAUUUGCUUGUGUAGUUGCAUGUUUCAGGGUAACAUCAUGAUUGUGAUUUAGCUAUUGUCCAUUGCAAAAAAGUCAAUUACAUUUG